CCUGUCCUGAAACAAGAUGGCUGUUCUGGGCUGCUUUUAAACCUGUCCUGAAACAAGAUGGCUGUUCUGGGCUGCUUUUAAACCUCUACAGGAUCAGUGUCCUGAAAUCUGGACAGCUGCUGCUCAGUAUGUGACUAGAAAGGCAUUCUAAACAACUUUCCGGGACAUCGACAUGUCUUAUAUCAUCAGAAAGCUUAAAUGUUUGUUAAUCUAACCGCAGUGUCUAAUUUACAGUAGUUUAUACAGCGGGACAAAAUACCAUGCUAUUGUUUGGGGAUAGUGCACAACAUCAGAAUACUUAUCAAUGCAACUUGUUUGAUACAUUCACCUCUGACAUAUUGGCUACACAACACGUCAAUUAGCCUAAUGAAGGUAAGCCACUGUUAGGCACCAAUGAGACCAGCGGUGUUCACUUGAUUGACAGAGUCUUGGUCCAAGGACCACCUAUCAUUUUGAAAGCGAUCUAGCUAGAUAGCCAAUGAGCUGGGCUUUCCAGCAGCAUGUGAACGCCUUUUGUACUACAAACAACCAUCAUGCUAGAGCUGUGGGCAACAGUGUUCAUUCUCUGGUGAAAGCAAACAGGACUCACGUUGGUUAAUGAUACGCAGUGGUUCGUUCUCUUCUACAAACUUUUCUCAAAACUAAAAAACGAAAACAUGGCUACUACUAGUGGAAAAGCUACAUCGAAGUCCAAGUUUACAAAUUUGGAUGAGAACAUUGCAGAAAUGGACUGGGAGAGUGACACAGAACUCAUGGAUGAGGACUCCAUGAGUGAGUACAGUUUUGAUUCCAGUGAGGAAGAAAUGUUUUUGGAAGGAGAAGAUCCACUUUUAGAUCAAGGUAGAGACUCCGAUGACCUCUGGGAGCCAUCUCCAAAGAAACCACAUUCAAGUCCAUCCCACACUCAUUCAAACAUAGGAACUGGCUCCUCCAGUCUGACCCCCGCUGCUGUCUCUGGCUCCACAGCCACCCGGCCAUCUAGAGGUGUUAUGAGUCCAGACCAGAAGCGGAGGAGGGCCAGUGUACCAGCGGCAACUACCACCGAGGGAGAGGACCGUUGGCGCACUGUGCUAGAGGAUGAUGUAGAGCCACUUCGACCAACAUUUCGACCUAAAAGGCAGCCAGGACCUCAGCUGGACAUGACUGGAAAGUACAGCCCCCUUAAUCUUUUCCAGAUGUUUUUCUCCUCGUCAGUUCUUGAUUUGCUUGUGUCGAACACCAACAAGUAUGGGGCUAAGAAGCAAGCAGGCAAGAAAGAGGCAUGGAAGCCCAUUUCCAUCCAAGACCUGUACUGUUACAUCUCACUGGUAAUUUAUAUGGGGAUUGUGAAGUUGAAAAACCUGACGGACUACUGGAGAAGCUCAAGACUCUACCAACUGCCUUUCCCCGCAACUAUCAUGUCUUGUAAGAGGUUUCUGACCGUCUCGCGGGCGCUUCAUAUUAGUGACCCACAAGCUGACGACAACAAUGACAAGAAGAAGGGCACAGCAAGCUUUGAUAGGCUCUGCAAAAUCAAACCUCUCUACUCCAGCAUUGUUGAGGCCUGCAAGACCCAUUUUCAGCCUUCCCAGAACCUGUCCAUCGAUGAGAGGAUGGUAGCCUCAAAGGCCAGAAUUGGCAUCAAGCAAUAUAUGCCUAACAAGCCAACAAGAUGGGGUUACAAGCUGUUUGUUUUGGCAGAUUCUGCAUGUGCCUACACUUGGAAUUUCUUUGUGUAUGAGGGGAAGUCCAUCUCAGCCACCGGUAUGGGACUUGGUUAUGAUUCCGUAAUGAAAUUAUUGGAUUUUCCACUGCUGGGGACGGGCUACAAAUUGUUUGUGGAUAACUUUUACACAAGCCCUACCCUGUUUAUAGACCUGAGGAAGCUGAAUGUAUGGUCUUGUGGAACCAUUCGUCCCAACGGAGUGGGUUUUCCCACAACAAAAGUAAACGACAUGCCUAAGAGGGCUGAAAGGGGUACCAUACGAUGGAUUCGUAAAGAUGACCUGCUCUUUGUGAAGUGGAUGGAUGCCAGAGAGGUGGUCAUGUGCUCCAGUAUCCACAAAUCGUACAGUGGCGAUCACAUCCGCAGGCGUGCGAAGGACGCUAAUGGGACAUGGACAAAGAAAGAUGUCCCCGUUCCAGCUGCUGUGAAGGAUUACAAUAAGAGCAUGGGAGGUGUGGACCUGUCAGACGCGCUGAUAGGCUACUACAAUGUUCUCCACAAGACAAUGAAAUGGUACAAGACAUUGUUUUAUCACUUCAUCGACAUUGCUGUGGUGAAUGCAUUCAUCCUCCAGAAGGAAAAGGCUAAGAUCUGUGGACAGACCCCCAUGAGACAGCUAGCCUUCAGAGAGCUGCUCAUCCAGGAGCUUGCUGACUACGGCACAAAGUCCACUGCAGCACCUUCUGUCCUCUCUACCUCUGUCCCCUCUACCUCUGUCCGCUCUACUCCUGCCUCCAGUGAUGUUCACCUGCCAAAAUACAUCACUGCAGACCUGAAUGUGCCUCAGGGCCAAAAGGGCUCAAUAGGGAGGCGUCGUUGUACUCUGUGCCACAAGAAAUCUCCCAUCACCUGCACUACUUGUGCUGUUACCCUCUGCUUUACAACAGAGAGAGACUGCUAUGGACCUUGGCAUCAGCAGCUCAAUCUGGUGUAGAGGUGUUACCCUCUGCUUUACAACAGAGAGAGACUGCUAUGGGCCUUGGCAUCAGCAGCUCAAUCUGGUGUAGAGGUGUUACCCUCUGCUUUACAACAGAGAGAGACUGCUAUGGGCCUUGGCAUCAGCAGCUCAAUCUGGUUUAGAGGUGUUACCCUCUGCUUUACAACAGAGAGAGACUGCUAUGGGCCUUGGCAUCAGCAGCUCAAUCUGGUGUAGAGGUGUUACCCUCUGCUUUACAGCAGAGAGAGACUGCUAUGGGACUUGGCAUCAGCAGCUCAAUCUGGUGUAGAGGACUGUGGGUGUUCUGAAUACUCUAAUUGUAAGUAGUGUUUUUUCUCCCUCAGUUUGUGGUGUUACACUUAUGACAUUAGAUCAGUGUUGGCUGCUAACGUGGCCGGUUAUCUUAAAUUGUUCACUUCUGUGUUUUGGGAGGCAUUGGUUCAGCGUUCUCGUCGCGUCUCCUGUUAGUAACUUUUAUGUCGGGAUGCUAAUGAUCCAUUACGUAUGACAUUCCUGGGAGUGUGUAAACUUUAUUAUUAAAGCAUUUUAGUAUGUUCUCUAUAGGUAUGUACUUUCAAAUGGACCAAUUUGUCCACUUGGGUACAUUUGGGAAAACUCGUGAGGGACACCUGGGAAACUUCAUACCAAAUAUUAUGUAGCUCUCUCAUUCUUGAGUGUAACUUUGCACACACAUUGUUACCCUGUUGUUGACAACAACUGAAUUAUAGAAAACCAAUAUUUUUUUUAUUUUUUACUAUGGUGGUCUAUUCUCCUGCAUUAUUCUCACCCCUCCACAGACUUAUAAGUGGUUCCAUUCAAAUAGUAUCAAGAAUCAGCAUAUCCUUUCUUCAGGUCUAUCAGGUCUAGCUAUGCAGGUAUGGAUCCAUCCAGUCUAAAUGGAUAUUUUAACACCAGUCUUUAAUUUGUCCUUAAAGGGGUAGUUCAAUGUGAAGUUUGAUUUCCUUUUUAAAUAUUAUUUUAUUGGUAUGUACAUAACAUUUCCAUACAACUUUUUUUACUUGUACAGUUUAGCUGAACGCAACAUGUUUGAGGGAUCCCGUCCUUCUGCUGAACAUGAUGAAUAUUCUCUUUGGAAUCUCGUUCGUCUGAACUCCUGUUGAGAAAAGGAAUAGCUGACUUCAGCAGAGGGCUACGUAACCUGUCAUAAAGGCUACAUAUGUUAUGUCUAACUACCUCCAUGUGCCUGCCUGGUAUCUGGUCCCCACCCAGACACCAGGCAGGUGAAGCUUUUGCCUUAGGUUUCCUCUGUAUGUGGCUGAACAGGGAGUCGUGAUGCCAACUAGACUGGUCCUGAUGGUGGUACCAGACUGGUCACUAGAAGAUGCCUGUUACUGAACUACCACAAGGUUUCUGCCCCCCUGGUUGAGGUCCUAGUGUCUGCCGUGUUUGGAAAGAGCUCGUUGGCUGCUGAAGUGUUGCUGUGCUGGUGGAGCGGGAAGCUCUCCUGUUGUACACCGGCAAGCCCUCUUGCACUCCUGUUUGGUCAGCAAGGAAGUGAGACAUCUUGUUGGAACUGGGGAAAACCAGGCCAAGUCAAUUCAACCCAGUGACUGUUUUGAUGUAUAAAUAAAUCUACAAAUUAA